AUGACUGCAAUAAUGCCCCCAGAGAAGUCCAGUCCCGGGCUGAGGUGCUGGCUGAUCCUGACCUUCACCGUGUUCCUGCAGUGUGUCUGCGUGGCCAUGGCUUACAUGUAUUUCACCAGUGAGAUGCAGCAGAUGCAGGACAAGUACUUCAAAACGAGCAUUGCUUGCUUCUUAAAGGAAGAUGACACCUCUUGGGACUUCAGUGAUGAGAAUAUGAACAAUCCCUGCUGGCAAGUAAAGUGGCAGCUACGACAGUUUGUUAGAAAGAUAAGUUUGGGAACCUAUGAGGAAACCAUUUCUACAGUUCCAGAAAAGCAACAAGAUGGUCCUCCGCUAGUGACUAGAAAAGGACUUCAGAGAGUAGCAGCUCACCUAACAGGGAAAACUCAGAGCACGGCCGCACUCCCAGUUUCAAACUCCAAGGAUGGAAACAUUUUGGGCCAUAAAAUAACCUGCUGGGAGUCAUCAAGAAGAGGACAUUCAUUCUUGAGUAAUUUUCACCUGAGGAAAGGAGAGUUAGUUAUCCAACAAACGGGUUUUUAUUAUAUCUAUUCCCAAACAUACUUUCGAUUUCUGGAACCUGAGGAUGAUUCAACAGUAGGGAACAGAAAGAAAAACAAACAAAUGGUACAAUAUAUUUACAAGUUCACAGACUAUGCUGAACCUAUACUGCUGAUGAAAAGUGCUAGGAAUAGUUGUUGGUCUAAAGAUUCACAAUAUGGACUCUAUUCCAUCUAUCAAGGUGGAAUAUAUGAGCUUCAAGAAAAUGACAGAAUUUUUGUAUCUGUAACGAAUAUGCAAUUGGUUGACAUGGACGAACGAGCCAGUUAUUUUGGGGCCUUUUUAAUUUACUAGAUGAUCUGCACACACACUAUAUAUAUCACAUGUACACACACUGAGUGGCCAGAUUAUUAUGACA